CUCAACAGUGGAUCUUUACCGUCCCCUCCAUUAGCUGAGGGUGCUGUUGUUGCGAGGAAGAUUGCUGGGGCAUCGGUUGUCUGGAAGGACUUGACUGUAAUUAUAAAGGGAAAAAGAAAGUACUCUGACAGGGUUGUGAAGAGUUCAACUGGUUAUGCAUUGCCAGGGUCUAUGACAGUUAUUAUGGGUCCAGCGAAGUCUGGAAAAUCAACUUUAUUGCGAGCUCUUGCAGGUAGGUUGCAUGAUUCAGCCAAAUUGUACGGUGAAGUGUUCGUGAAUGGAGAGAAAUCACGAGUGCCAUAUGGUUCCUAUAGUCUUGCUAAGGCCCUUGCUUUGUUCUCUUCCAUACCUGCUUAUCAAGAAAUGCUAUACCUGUUGGAUCUUUAA